AUGAAGAGAAAACACCUAGAGCACGAACAGAGACGGACUACUAGGCCACAUCGCGACCCACCGGCGCUCAGACAAGGCAGUGAAGGAUGGAGCCCUCAAGCAGGGAGCUCUCAAGCAGGGAGCUCUCAAGCAGGGAGCCCUCAAGCAAAGAGCCAAGAUGGCUUACUCCGUCAGCGUUUCGGAAACGAAGGUGAACUGGAGAUGGCUAGCAGGAUUUGGCACACGGCAUUAUGCACUGGAGAUAAAGGCCAGCUUAGUAUAGAUCCACUCACGCACCAACAGUCGAUGAGUGAGUCGACUUGCAGUUGCCAAAUCGAACAGGAUACUGCAAACCUGGAACGGAACCUGCUACUAGAAACGUCCUUUCUCAAACCGGCCCACCAUGUAGACACCCAACUACAUCCGCAGACCAUCUCACCGUCUGCUUCUUUCGACACAAACUUGGCGAGCUUCAAUGUCAACCAAGACAUCUAUGAGAGCGUGUUAUCAAAUAACCUACCCCAGCUCCAGGACAAUUGGUCUCCGUCUGCCCAGCAGAUUACACGGGGCUGCAAUCUAUUCUUUACGCAUGUCUCACACUUUGUCCCUUUUCUUCACCAACCAACAUUUGAUGUAACUCUCGCUGCUCCUCACUUGGUCCUCAGCAUUCUCUGCGUUGCCUACCAGCACGGCGAGGAUCCAGAAUGUGGUGAUCAAGUAGGAUCAGGCGUGAUCUUGUCUACACGCUGCUUCCACCGAGCUCGUGCUCUCAUUACCUCUAACGAAGAGAGGGCGGAUCGUUUAACACACACUGUUAUGAUGGCCCAGACGUAUUUACUACUUCAGAUCUGUGCCAUGAUGUAUCUUUGCGGUGAUGACUCCACAUAUGUCCCCAAGAUGCACACCAGCAUGAUUUCUCUUGCUCGAGCUGGAGGAAUGAUGCACCCAUUGUCAAUUGAGCCUGCCGCAACCCAAGAUCUAGAGUCUCUGUGGCAAGAGUUUAUUAAAGCUGAGUCCCACAAACGAACGCUCUUUGCCGUGCAUCAGAUCGAUACGCUGUGGUACCAGUUCCUAUCUAUCCCUCGCUCGAUCUCACAUUUGGAAAUCAAGCAUGACCUUCCAUGCCCAGAAGACCACUGGGCAGCAUCCUCCUCCGCUGAAUGGGCGCAUCGGCAGCUGGCUGCGAGGCAUUCUGGCCCCUCGGUGCAAUACGAAGAUGCUGUUCGGCGCUUUCUAUCUCCCAAUGGAGACCUCAACUCCAUUCCAGCAUUUGACCCGUACGGAGCUAUCAACAUUACACAAUUUCUGAUCUCUAGUACUCGCGAGAUAUCGGGCUGGUCUACAAUGACAGGAAUUAUUAGUAUGGAAAGAUUAGGGGCCUUAAAGUCAUCACUUGUCGCACUCAGGCCCUUUAUCCGUCCACAAGCCGAUAUAGCAAAGGCCACGAACGAGGUGACAUGGGCGGCAACAUGGGAGACCGCCAUGAUUGAGCUCCAGAUGUGGUCGCCAGCGCACACCGGUGGCAUUGUGGAAGCAAGCAUAGAUGCUGUGCUGAAUCGGUCGACCUACCUGGCACUUUCCUAUGAAUUUUUCUGCGACACCAACACCGCCAGAGCCGUCCAGCCACACGUCGACUGGUUCCUACGAUAUCUCGAUACGACACUCGCACCAGACUCAGAGGCCCCAUGGAUUAUUUUGUACGCGUACAAGGCCUUUUUGAUUGCCUGGCAGCUCGUGAAUAUGGGGUUACCAGGGGCGAUGCAAGUCGUCGGUGUUCAGGAUGGUGACGUGGAGCGAGCUUUGAUAUGGGCAAGGAAGGUCUUCCAGCGCAGAAGUCGGUGGCAGCUCAGCAAGCUCAUCAUUUCAUGUUUGGACAAUCUAGGGGAACGAGGAAUGCAUUAAUUUAUUGCAUCAGGCACUGUUAUUAUUUGCAUUACAAAGCGCUAUUAUAUUGAAUCAAGUUUAUUUGCUAGGUCAUGCCCAAAGCUAAAUAAAGAAAACAUAUGACAGGAGGCAG